AUGACUACUCGGGUCAUUGACAAUCAAUGGAAACUUGACAAUGCAGCAUGGAGUCUGCCACCACCGCCUCAGCUUGUUCAAAGCAAAAAUAAUUCACCAUUACAUUCAUUUGGUGAUUAUGCUUACCCAAAAAGCGACCGAUUAACGCCAACAUAUAUGGGUAAUAAUUUCCUUGAAUUUCACAAAUUGUAUUCUGAUCGAUCGUCUAUAACACCGAAACCAGUUACUAUACCAAAUGCAAAUAAAAUAAUAAAGAAAACAUUUAAUCGUGAAUAUCGUACAUUAACUUGUUUGGGUAAAGGUGGUUUCGGACAUGCAUUCGAUGGUCGACGACGAUCAGAUAAUUCACCGGUUGUAGUUAAGUUCUUACCAAGAGAUCGUAUACUUAAUUGGGGAACAUUUGAUGGCAAACGUGUACCAUAUGAAAUUGAAAUUCUCUGGCGUCUUCGUGGUGUACCCGGUGUUAUAAAAAUCUUAGAACAUUUUGAAGAACCAGAUCGUUAUAUAUAUGUCAUGGAGAAAAUCCCAAAUUCAUGUACACUUUUUGAUUUUGUUAUGAAAAGUUCACCAUUGGCAAACACAGAACUCUUACGACAUAUAUUUAAUGAAAUCGUUCGUAUUAAUGUAACAUUGCAAAUGUAUGGUGUUUGGCAUCGGGAUUGUAAACCAGAGAAUAUUAUUUAUUGUAAGAAUGAUCGUUCAUUACGUUUCAUUGAUUUUGGAUCAGCUGCGCCGGUACAAGUAGAAGAUUUUCAUGAAUUUCAAGGUACGUUAGAAAUUAUGGUGCCAGAAUGGAUAGUUCAACGACGUUAUAAUGGUGAAAAAGCUUGCGUAUGGACAAUAGGUGUUUGCCUUUUCUUUCUACUUUAUCGACAAUAUCCUUUUCGUACAAAACCUGAUAUCGUCAAAGGAAGAUCAAAUUUAGCGAAUAUAGCUGCUAUGGAUAAAGAUGCUUAUCAUACGAUGAAACAAUGUCUAAACGGUAACGAAAAUCGACGUCCAAAAUUGAAUAGUCUUCAAUAUUUACCUUGGCUUAACAUAACGUAUUAG